AUGCCCGAAGCCUCUGUGGAUCCUGGCUACGGCAGUCUGAGAAGAAAGGUCACACUUGCUUGUGACUAUUGCCGCAAGAAACGAAUAAGCUCAUUCUCUGGCGGCGAAUACCUUCCCUCCUCUCCUAAUGUAGCAAGCUCCAUCAAAAUCGUUGCUACCAAUGAUCUAGACGAUGAAGACCCUGAUUCCGAAGAAGAUGUGUUUCCGCCAGCGACUGAGUGGCGAGGCGGACUUGUGUCUGUGUUGAUGGAUGCCAGCACUCCGGAUUCCUUGUAUGUAUCAGUCAUGCCCUCAGCCACUCUUCAAGAACAAGGGCUAAGGUCAAGCGCCGAGACGCAUCUAGUUGGAAAACGGUAG